AUGAGGAUUUGCUUGUUGUUAUCGUAUCUUGUUGUAGUGUCUCCUGCUUUCAAGAUCAUACCUAUUAGUAGUGGACCUGGUACACUUCACACUGACUACCCGGACAUAUAUCGUACCAAUGCUCUGGAUGGUGUGCGUACUAUUAUCGACAGAUUUCGUACUGGCAUAGCUAAGGCUAGUACCAAAGCGUCUGGUGGACAAGGUGCUGGCAAUGGUGCUCUUCUUCAAUCUGAUACUGAUGCUCCAAGUGGUGAUCGGACUAUAGAUGAUGGACAACGUACUAUCGAUGGUGCACAAGGUACUCUAGCUCCAAAUGGUAGUCGUACUAUCGAUGAUGGACAACGUACUAUUGAUGGUGCGCAUGGAACCUUAGCUCCAGGUGGUGAUCGGACUAUUGAUGAUGGCCAACGUACUAUUGAUGAUGCACAAGGAACCUUAGCUCCAGGUGGUGAUCGUACUAUUGAUGAUGGUCAACGUACUAUCGAUGGUUCACAAGGUACUCUAGCUCUAAAUAGUGGUCGUACUAUCGAUGAUAGCCAGCGUACUAUUGAUGGUGCACAAGUUACUCUAGCUCCAGGUGGUGAUCGUACUAUUGAUGAUGGUCAACGUACUAUUGAUGCCAGUCAACGUACUAUCGACGGUGCACACGGUACUGAAGCCCUACUUCUUGAUCGUACUAUUGAUGCUAGACUUGCUGUUGAUGAUGUCAAUGAAGAACUAAGUGCUGGUUUUGUAGAUUAUUCUGAUGCCAUUAAUUUACCAGAUACUCUAUAUAGUAGACUUCUUGCACGUGGAGGUCUUGAAGAACAACGUAUUGGUCGUUUUAACCGUUUACAAUCUGUUCCUCGUCGAAACAUUGGUGGUUAUCAGUUGGCUCAGGACAAAUGCGUGAGUUAAAAUUUUUUUUAACUUUUGAAUUUUCAAAAAAUUUUUAAAAUUAAAAAAUUUUUUUUUGAAAUUUUGAAAUUUUAAAUUUUUUUCAAAUUUUUAAAAAAUUUCAAAAUUUCAGGGAGUAAAAGCCCCCGAAGGCAUGGAGAUGCUGUGCGAAGCCUGCUCACACAUCUGGACUGUUUGGGACUUACAUGACUGUGAAAACGACUGUGAAGUCUACAAGAAAUGCUUCAAAACCCUGAUCCAAAACGCCAGUUCCAUGGAUGAGAAGUAG